UACCAUUAUACAGAUCCAUUCUCUUUUUUUACCAGGUGUCCAAUCUACAUGGAACCAGAGAAUCUAACAUGUAUCUGGGAAUUUUUCCUCCUGGGUCUAUCAGAGAAUGCUGAACUGCAGCCAAUCCAUUUUGGACUGUUCCUGUCCAUUUACCUGAUCACAGUGCUUGGGAACCUGCUCAUCAUCCUGGCCAUCAGCUGUGACUCAUACCUCCACACCCCCAUGUACUUCUUCCUCUUCAAUUUGUCCUUAGCUGAUGUUGGUUUUAUCUCAACGACAGUUCCCAAAAUGCUAGCAAACAUCCACACACACACUAAUUCCAUUACCCACAGAGGCUGCUUAACCCAGGUGUUUUUUUUCAUGCUUUUUGGUUGUUUGGACAAUCUACUUCUGACUGUGAUGGCCUAUGAUCGCUUUGUGGCCAUCUGUCACCCAUUACACUACUUUAUCAUCAUGAACCCUCGCCUCUGUGUGUUUCUGGUUGUGAUGUCAUAUUUUAUCAGUCUUUUGGACUCCCAGGUACACUGCUUAGUGGUUUCCCAACUUACUUUUUGCAAAGUUGUGGAAAUUCCUCAUUUCUUUUGUGACACUGCUGAACUUGUCAAUCUUGCCUGUUCUGACACCUAUAGUAAUAAUGCUUUAAUCUAUAUUGUCAUUGUCAUCUUUGCAGGUGUUCCAGUCAUAGGGAUCCUUUAUUCAUAUACUCGAAUUGCUUUGUCCAUUCUGAGAGUUCCAUCAGUAUGUGGGAAGUAUAAAGCCUUCUCCACCUGUGGCUCUCACCUGUCAGUCGUUUGCUUAUUUUAUGGAACUGGCUUUGGAGUAUACCUCAGCUCUGCUGUCUCUCAUUCCCCCAGGAAAGGUGCAAUGGUCUCUGUGAUGUACACCAUGAUCACCCCCAUGCUGAACCCCUUCAUCUACAGCCUGAGGAACAGGGAUAUCAAGAGGACCCUCAUGAAGUGGUUCAGAAAAAUAAUGUAUUUCAGUACCUUGGCUGUGACUUUUGGUUCAUAA